UAAAUAUAAUUAAAUAUAAUUUUUGUGUUUUAGAAGACAUGGACUUAACACAAAUUACCUAUACAAAUGUGACAGAAGUAUUCUCUGCGGACAGUAUAGAAGAAACAAUGGAGGAAGAUUUAGAAGAGUGUCGAGUAAUUCCUAGCCUCAAAACUAUUCAGGCCUGGAGGUUCUGGUUGUCUGGAGUAUUCACCUUGUGUACAGGACUUCUUGGAAUUGCAGGAAACAUUGUGAGCCUGGUUAUUCUUACAAAAAAGUUAAUGAGAAAUGUGUUUACUCUUCUAUUGUCUUCCCUGUGUGUGGCAGAUCUCAUUUUCCUUGUCAGCAAUUUGGUCCUAGCACCUAGCUCACUGGGGUAUAAGCCUGCACUGCUUACAAGCCUAGCAGCCUUUUCAGAGGCGGGUUCUCAUUUAGGACUGGCUUUGAGCAUCUUUUUAACUGUAGCAGUCACUCUAGAGCGUUAUCAAUCCAUCAGUGAUCCUCUAAAUUAUGAGGCCAGAGUAGUAUCAAGAGGAAGAACAAACUUAGUACUGAUCUAUCUGAUUCCCUCUAUCCUACUGAGUAUUGUCUUCAAUAUUCCACGCCUCCUCUCUGUCUCAAGCCUUGGUACUUCUCUCCACACUAACCAGCAGCUCGUCAGAAUAUAUAUAUUCUACCAGGCGGUUCAUCCCUUGUCAACAACAGGCCUAAUACCCUUCCUCUUUCUUUCUAUUCUUAAUUGGAGGAUUAAUAACAAAAUCCCCAAGAUUAGCCAUGUAUCUUCAAGCUCAAGAAGAAGAACUAAGGACUUUAAUCUCGCCCGCGUUUGCACUAUUCUUGUUCUCGUUUUCCUGGUGUUGAACCUUCCUAGACUUACUGUGGGACUUUAUGAGGUUUCAAGUAUUGGGACUAUACUGAGAUGUUACAGUAAUAAUCUAAAGUACUAUACUCCCACUUGGCAGUGGUGUGCAGACAGCGUUGCUCGGUAUCUUGCAGUUGUCAACUCAUCAAUCAAUUUCUUAAUCUACUGUCUUGCGGGUUCUCAGUUUAGAUCGGAGCUUAAAAAAACUUUAGGAAUGUGUAGGGGUUCACAAUCAUCUCCUGUGACAAAUUCAUUCUCUUUGCGGAGUAUACGGCGCCGGUCUUCCUUCAGUACAGGACUGAACUCCUCAUUAAAUCAAAGUAGCAGAAGAAAUCGUAUUGGUGUAAACUGCCCCAAAAUCAAAAUUUGG